GGUUCAUACAGUAUUUGUCUAAAUACUGACGAGUAUGAAUACGCGGCUGUCUAAAUACUGGCUGCACUCCAUGCGGGAUGCAGCGAUAACGCAAGCUCGAUCAAAUAAACGCAAUCACAGAAGGUUUUGAUCUCUGAAAUACUUAAAAGGUGAUUCUAUUUUUGCUACAUAAAUCAACAGUUAUAGAAUUUUUUACCGUGAUUUCAUGAAUGGUUGCCCAAUUCUUCUUCUUAUUUUGUGGUUUAAUGUUUGACUUUCUUGACGAUAAAGGUUGACUAAAAUCUGUGCGUGUAUAGUAAUUUCUAAUUAACAGUUUUAUCCCUUUUCAAAAAUUUGAUUGGCCGUUUUUAUUCUAAUCUCAUUACGAGUUGGCAAAGAACUAUGGGUAUGAUCUGCUCUUUUCCGGACUAUUUCGACUGACUCAAAAAUCUGUGGGUGUCAAGUGCCAGUGUGGUAUCGUACUGAAGCCUAUUCAAUCGAUAUUCAGAUUCUAGAAAAAAAUCAGGAUGGGGACUGUCAACCUAUUUAACUUCUAACCUACUACUAACUAAACAAGUUUGAGGUAUUCUGUCCAAUUUCUAUGCCGAGAAAUGAAAGGCAAAAACGAUACGGAAAUGAACUCAAAAGCCGACAUCCAAAACGGAACUUGUCCAACUCACGGUCUGCAAAAUGACAUUUUCUGUCGAUCUUGUGGAGUGCUGAUAUGUCGAAAAUGCUGGACAUCAACUCACGGAAACAAAAACGAACAUGAAGUUGUCCCCUUUGCCGAGUACAAAAAACAACGUGUAACAGCCGAUCUUGAAGCCUAUUCGGAGCCAAUCGGCGAAACGAAGUUGACAAAUUUACGAAUUCUUUACGAAGAAGCAAUGACUGAUUUUGUUCUCGUCGGCGAUAAACUGCAAGAGCUUAGAGAUCAGUCGAGAUUUGCAAAUUCCAUCCAGCGUGACGUCACCGCUUGCAAGUCGGAAAAAGAAUUAGAAAUGAAUUUGGAAGAGUUAAAAUUAGCGUUGGAGUUGCAAAAUAAGUACAUUGAUGAAUUUCACGCGAGAAUUGAAGUAGUGAAAGCGUCUUUGGACAGAACUACAAGUUAUCUUCUCGAAGCACCAGCAGUGGGGUCGCCCUCUUUUAAUUCAGAAAGUUCUAGAAUCUUCAGUUCUUGCAGCUGUGAAGAGAGCUUAUCAGAUACCAACCAGUCUUUGUAUGACAUUUCAACUGGAGUUCGACUUUGUUCCCUUGCUGUCAAAGCUUCGACUCCUGUCAAAAUUGAAGGACCAAAGCCCCUUUUACGAGUUGUAGUCGAUGCCACCAAUACGUUCUUCUGCCUAAGUUGGUUCGGAAUUAUUUACACUCUGAAAGCAGUCGAAGCCGGAUUUAUUUCGAAGAGUCUAUGUCUGAAAAAAGACGUAAAAAGCAACACUUUCUGGUCAAAAACAGCUGAAAACGCUAUUUUACACGACAUAGCUGUGUCAAGUAACACUCUUUACGGCGCGACUAUGACCGAAGAUUUCAAAUGUAAUGUUGUUGUUUUGAACAAGCAUAGUUUUCACGUGUUGAGAACAUUAAACAGCCAUCCAAUCCCUCAAAAUGUUGGCGUUAGGGGGUGGCAGUUAGCUGGAAACUCUCGAAUCCUAAUUGUGCGACCUUGUUCGUCCGAUAUUCUUUAUGUAUUUGAGUUUGAAAAGUUCAAAGAAACAAUUAAACUGGAUCUGGACAAACCUGCAAACUGGUUCUCGAUGAUGUUUUCUGGAGAUUACCUCUUGCUUCAGAACUUCGUGGAGAAACAGCUAAUAUGCAUGAGAUGGAGCGAACAUACGCAGCUCAUUAAGUCGAAGUUCUUCAAGCAGAAAAGCUACCUGAACAGCGAGCCGGUUUUGAAAACUAUAGAUGAAAGCGAUUCGCCUGUUUUGAUUCUGAAAGUGUCAAAUUCGGAGUACGCGAUUUCGCGUUCGCUUUGUAGCACCGAGCGAUUUGUGCGGAUUCACGAUUUCAAAAGCCUGAUGAACUCGACUGGCAAUGAUUCGCUCAGCGGGCAAAACGUGCGCCCGUUUAAUAACGACGUUUUGGGUCAAUAUGAUGCUGGCAAAUUGGGACUGACUUUGCUCUGUAUGGUGAACAAAAGCACAGUUUUGUGUCAGGAAAAAUUCGAAGGUUGCGAAGAGUAUUCUCUCUAUCUUGUGACGGUGAAGGCCGCGGGUUCCUUGGAUAGAGGAGAGCGAGAUACGUUUUCAAGGUCAACUACUCAAAUUUCUCAUAACUUUUAGCAUAUAUAGUUGGUUGUAAUUAAACUUCAAAUAAUAAGAAUUGUAGUUUCUGUUAUUGUGCGAUAUUUGAACGCGAUAAUCUUCAGAAAAGUUAGCCAUUGUCAACUAUAAGCCACCCAAAAAUCUAUCUUCUAUUUUUAUCUAGACUCCUGUCUGGUUUACCGGUCUGGUCUGGUCACCAUGUGA